AUGGUUUCUGGUCUCUCUCAAGUCAAUGGAAGUUCUAAUAACAAUAAUCCACACAUGGCACAACCAACUUCAAGUACUAUUAUCAAUAAAGAAUCUCAACCUCAUGUAGAUCAAGUUGAAGAAGUAAAAAAGAAACCUCACUUUAGAGGAGUGCGACAAAGACCAUGGGGAAAAUGGGCAGCAGAAAUACGUGACCCAAUAAAAGCAGCUAGAGUUUGGCUAGGAACAUUUGAUACAGCUGAAGAUGCAGCUCUUGCAUAUGACAAAGCAGCACUCAAAUUCAAAGGCACAAAAGCUAAACUCAAUUUCCCCGAAAGAGUUGUUCAAUGCAGCAACAACAAUAAUUCUAGUAGUGCAAUUCAGCAAAGUGGUUAUUCUGUUGAUAAUCAACAAGUUUUUCCAAAUUUGUUUCAAUAUGCUCAGAUUCUCUCUAGUGAUGCCGAGUUUCCUUAUUAUGCAUCUCAUCUUUUCAAUCAAGAUCAACAACAUGGAGAUGAUGUUCAUCGUCCACCUGGCCAGUAG